AUGAAUAUUGCAACACCCGUUGCUCCUACACCUACAACCGCUCCCACCAGCUCCACUAUCAAUAUGGUCGUUGAGCCUUCCACUAAUGCGAUCAACCCACCUGCCUUCCUUGAAGGCAUGCACCCACCUAAACCAGACGAAAUCCAUCAGUCUCCCCUGAUGCCCACUUGGAUUCAGGAGAUCUAUUCACGUCUUGCCUCUGUCACCACUCACUUGCAGACUCACGACUCACAACUGGAACAGAACCAAGCUUUGAUCAAACAGACUCAAGAAUUGAUCAAAAAGAACCAGGAACUCCAACUGGCUUUGGAUAAAGCCCACCACGAGAUUGCGCAACUCAAGUCGGCUGCCAAUCAAACCUCGACACCUCCAUCUGCUACUACGCCGGUGCUCGAAAGGAGCUCCGAGGGUACCUCAGCCUCUCUAUGGGCAGAUAUGGCUGCCAAACCACCAGCGGAUGAAUCAGCUCCAGCCGUUACUAAACGCAAGGAAUCCAAGCCCAAGGCUUCCACAUCCACCAAACCAGCUCCCAAGGCCAAAGCCAAACGGCCAUUGACUUUAGAGCAGGUUAGCCGGUUCUACUCUCUUCCCUCGACGACCCACGGUUACCAAUUCCUGUACUUCACCUCUCGUGGACGUGAAGCCAUCUCGAAAGUCCGUGCGGGUUUCCAGGUGCUUGGUUUAUCUCAAAGCCGCAUUCUUGAUAUCCAUUACCCUACUAAUAACAUCAUUAGUUUCUUAGUUCACAACGACUAUGCCUCCACUGUCGUGGAAGCAAUGGCUCAACUCCCUGACUCUCAACGGAUUACCGACUUCGACCCUUGUGCACCCACCAUCCUUAGGGAUCCCAAGUACGCCAACCAUGCUGAUCCGCUCUUUUUGAAGUCUGAGGCGGCACGCAUUCACCAAGAACGUUUGCUCCGCAUGAUUAAACGCCUCAACACUCCCAACAUCAAAUUGGCCGUCGCUCGCGACUUCUGCUUCAAACGAAAAUGGAUAUCCGAGACUAUGUAUCAAACAUUUUACCGUGAGAUCUACCCUGCCAAGGCAUCCAAGACUGCCUCAUCUUCUUCAACGGAUGAUGUUAACAUGGAUGAUGCUCCUGCUUCUCAAGAUUCUACUUCCCAACCUGCUGCCUCCUCUUCCUCUAUUAGCCCAGCUGACGGCGUCUCAGCCCCCUUGGUCUAA